AUGUAUCAACCACCUUAUCUGCAGGAGCAACAAUACCAGCCGCAGCAACGGACAUAUGAGUAUAAACCAGUCACGGCUCCGGAUGUCUACCCUGUCGAAACGGAUGUAGGGCAACCAGACAAGAAGGAAAAGCCCGACUAUCGUCCUAUUCCUCUGCGAUGGCCAUUCAUCAGCGCUCUCAUUCUUUUUCUUCUAGCGUUGAUGGGAUUGAUCCUCUAUGCUGUUCGCACACUAGACGGAUCUGAUCCCAACACAAAGCUCGAGAACCGAUCAUUCCAGAUCACCGAUGAUAAUCUGUUCUUUAUGAAAAGACAAGAUGUCGUCAGUGAAGCUGCUGCACCAGAACCAACUGCCGCUGUCGAAGCAGACCCCGGAACAGCCGCUGAUUCCAGUCCUAAAGAAACAGGCUCCGGCUCUGAGCCCGCAGAUGACACUUCAAAUACCGACAGUCCGAACACCGACGAUGGCAAGACCGGUAUCCUGACGACCGCUCUUGUCGAGGAAGUCUUUACAACAAUGGUCACUAAGCCAGGCUCACUCGAAGUGACAUCCGUGACCGAAUUGAUCACAGAGACAGAAGCAGUGACUCGCACAAUAGUGGAAACCAUCGCAGGAAGUACCUAUGUCACUUCAUCCGCAAUCCCUCUCAACCCAGAAGACAGCCCAGAAGAAACAUCAGGAGCUGGUGGUCCACAGCCAACAGUAACGUACGUCGAAUACACCGCGACAGCGGCGGAGUCGAAAAAGACAAUCAUCACCGCCAUGGACAGCGGCGUGGUUCGCACAACCGUCAAGGAGACCACUCGUACUGGUCCGCCAGUCGUAUAUGCUUCUGUCGGAACAACAACACUUUACUCUGUUCUCACUCUUGAUUCAGAUGGAAAAGUUGCGAAGCCUCCUGUCACAAAGUAUCGAACAAGCCAAGUUGAAGCGCAAGUCAAGACAGUCGUCGAUGCACCACCGCCUGUCACAAUGGUCCAGACACUGCCUGAUGGCCAGGUCAUCACCUCAGUGUCUACACCAGCUGGUACAACACGGGUGACGACCAUGCCCCCGACACAGGUUGUCAUCACUGAUGUUUCCACACCAACUGGAAAUACGAAAAUCAUCGUCGAGGCCACAACAUAUAGCCUGACGCAAUCCGAUUAUUUCAUCGGCAAGUUUCUUCCGCCUAUCAUCGCUGUUCUUCUCGCCAUGGGUAUUCGCGCCCUAAAUCAAUCAGCCCAACAAUAUCAACCAUUCGCUGCCCUUACCCGAGAAGGCGGUGCUUUGGGUCGAGAGGCUUUGCUUCUUAGCUUUGAUGGUUGGAUGAGUAUCUACCUCCCAUUCAAGCUUCUCUUUAAUGGGCAGUCUCUUCCUUUCCUCACAGCCCUUAUUUUUUGGUUGUCAGGCCUCGUGACGCCCCUAUCCGCUGAAGCUAUUGGGUUGAAGAUAUAUGGUCGCUGCAGCAAGGGAGCUAUUGAUGGCUGUGCUCUUGAACUUGGUGUCUCCAACCAAGCAGCUUAUGCCCUUAUCGGAGUCUUGGGUAUUCUCGUUGUCCUCCUGAUCUUCACACUUAGUGUUAUCAGCCGUCACUGGCGCACUGGGGUAUAUGCAAACCCAUGGUGUGCGGUCAACACUGCUGCUCUUGUUGCUCGUAACCCAGAAAUUCGAUCUAUGGGUUCCAGCGACUGGAAGGAUCUCAAGAGUGCUAUAACCGAAAAGAGAUUCGCCAUGGGUUGGUUCCGCAAUCAGGAAGGGCGCGAUGAAUAUGGCGUUGUCGUCGUCGGGGAUCUUGGUCGUGACACCACAGCUCCCUAUACCAACACACCAUAUACUGAAGGUAUGGCAUAUCGACCACAGACACAUCGCCGAGCUCCUCAAACCUUUAUGGCCUUGAGUUUCUGGUACCGAUUCACGUUUCUCGUGUUCUUAAUCUGCCUGCUUGGCUUCAUUGGGUACUACCACUUUGUCGAUACCUUUGGAAGUGUGCCCAAGAACAUGAAGAAGCUUAUGGAGAGUCAAGAAUUCGGUGUACGAUUUGUGUGCUCUGCACUUGGUGUCAUUGUCGUCUUUUGCUGGGAUUUUCUGUUUAGCAGCGUUGCUGUUAUUACACCCUACCGCCGUAUGGCUGAAGAUCCUCAAGUGCCCACACGAUCAGUCUUGAUGACACCAGCGACCAAUCCAGUCUCGGGACUGUUUGUUGCUCUGCGUAUUCGAGAUCCUCUCCUCUUUUUCACAGCCUUCACAACUCUCCUGUCUGAGUUCCUUCCGAUCUUGCUGGCCAAUGUUCCAUACAAUCGUACACAAACGAGUGAUGCUCACGAGAUAUGUUCUCGUCUGAGUAUUGGUAUCCUGCUUGUCAUGGUCGUUGCCAUGCUGUCGAGUCUGUUGGUGAAAUGGCCAGACUUGCCUGUUGAUCCUCGCAGUUUGGCUGGAGCACUUUGGUACGUCUCUGAUGCACCUUGGGUACGAGGUCUUGAAGGUGUCGCAGCGAUGAGCUCAAAUAAACGCAAGAAUGCGGUUCAAGGUCUUGGAGGACGAUGGACAUAUGGACCUAUCCAUACGCCGAUGGGAGAGCGAAUGUGUAUUGAGCAUGGAACGACAGGAUUCCGGGCAAGGGCUGGUUCAACGACUACCGAAGUGUCCUCGUCUCGAGACGACUCUAUUUCUGAGUCAACUUCCCAAGCCACUGCUUCACCCGAAACUCAACGCUCUAGCAUUGCAUCUAACUCGACAAACACAACGGAUCAAGUCGACAACGCCUCGUCUUCUGAUGAGCUGGUUGUUUCGUUAAUCAGUCAAUACUUUGAUCGACUGUAUCCUCUCCCGGCGUUCAGCUUCCUUCACCAGGCGACAGUCAUCCAACGAUGCCGCGAAAAGACUAUCGACCGAGCCCUUCAGCUGGCUUUGUGCGCCAUAACAGCGAUCUACUUUGACAAGCACCAGGACGAACAAACCAAGUGGGCACAGGAAGCCGAGGGUCUUAUACUCGAAAAGCUUGAAGAACCCUCCAUCUUCAAGAUCCAGGCGUCUCUACUCCUCAUACGCUACCGAGCCGCAGUUGGACAGUUUCCGAGAGCUUUCAUCAUGGCUGGUCUAGCAGCUAGAUGGGCUGUAGCUUUGCGUCUCAAUUACGAACACUCCAAGCUAACUCCUGUCGCGCAGGAGGUGCGAAGACGGACAUUCUGGUCUUUGUUUCUGCUGGAGGAUAGCUUUUGUGUGGGCUUGAAGGAGUUUGAGUUAUUCGACCCUGAGACUAUCUAUCUGCAAUUGCCGUGUGAAGAUGUUGACUUCCUCCAAGAGCGAUACGUCAGCACAGGAUAUCUACAGCCAGGAAAAGGCCUUGAGCCAGAAGUAUUAGGCUCUCGAGCUGCAUUUGUGCGAUUAGCCUUCAUUCGAAGGGCUAUUAUGCGGCUCAAUAGACGGAUAUCGAUGAAGGAAGUCAACCUCUCAGAGCUCUUCUCGUCGCUGGAAAGGUUCCAAAAUGAUCUUCUUCGACUACAAACAAAGCUUGCGCCCCAAGACCAGUAUCCAACUUCACAUCCACAAGGGCUGCGUCCAUCGCCUCAAAAUAUCAUUAUGCAUAUGAGUUGGCAACAAUGUCACUGCGAUCUAUAUCGUAUCUUCCUUACAGAAUACCCAGAAUCAACUCCACAUGCAGCAAUCGAAGGCAUCUCUGCGUCCGAGAGGUCACUAAUGAAGGAAAAGUGCCUGUUUCAUGCAGAGCAGAUCAUCCAAAUCUUGUCCGACUUUGUUCAAAAUAAUGAUGAUAUACAUGUACUCGAGUUUGAUGCAGCUAUUUGUGCCUAUCAUUCCGCCAGGCUGGUAUUGUUUGGGACAUAUACUGGCAAAGACAAUAAAGGGCCGCCAAUGCAGAAUGCUAUAAGCAAAGCACAGGUGUGUUUGGAUGUUAUAACACGCUUCUUUCGCUUUUCCGAGCAGCUCAAGUCCAUGCGGCAAGAACUCGAGCGAGUUAUACAGCAGCACAAGUUAUGUCUUGAAACUGCAGGGUCUAGUACUAUCACAGCAGCCAAGACUGACAAGGCCCCGCCGACGCUCUCCAAAGAUGCAUACAUCCGGCAGCGCCUCGCUAUACACAGUCUCCUCGGCCAAUCCGAGUUUGUUGAUGAUAGCCGUGAUGCAGCCCCUGAGCCUCCACCCGAGCCAGCAUUGAGCUGGACGGGGUCCCCAGAGGACGAUCAGUCUGUUCCUGAGCAAGUCGAUGGCGACGGAAGAGAUCCAUAUCUUAACGACGCUAUUGCGGAUCCCAACUUUCUACUGGGCAUUCCGUAUGGUUUUGAGAUGGAUGUGAAUUCGUGGGCAUGCAAUGGUGUUGCAACGCAGGAUAUUGGCUCGGUGAAAGUUAAUGAACAAUACAUGUAUUGA